AUGGCGACUACCAACGAUUUCCCCGCCAGCGAUGUCAACAGCUACGACUAUGUGAUUGUGGGAGGUGGCACGGCCGGCUGUGUCAUCGCCAGUCGCUUGGCCCAAUAUCUGCCGAACAAGCGCAUCCUCGUCAUCGAGGGUGGUCCCAGUGACUACAAUGACGACCGCGUGCUGAACCUGAGAGAAUGGCUCAACUUGUUGGGAGGUGAACUCGACUACGACUAUCCCACCACUGAACAGCCGAUGGGCAACAGUCACAUCCGUCACUCCCGUGCCAAGGUCUUGGGUGGUUGCUCCAGCCACAACACUCUCAUCUCCUUCCGUCCUUUUGAAUACGAUUGCAAGAGAUGGGAGGCGCAAGGCUGCAAGGGCUGGUCCUUUGAGACUUUCACGCGCGUGCUGGACAACCUGCGCAACACCGUCCAGCCCGUCCACAGCCGCCACCGCAACCAGCUGUGCAAGGACUGGGUCCAGGCCUGCUCCACCGCCAUGAACAUCCCCAUCAUUCACGAUUUCAACAAGGAGAUCCGCUCCAAGGGCGAGCUGACCGAGGGUGUCGGCUUCUUCUCCGUGUCCUACAACCCGGAUGACGGCCGUCGCAGCAGCGCCAGUGUCGCCUACAUCCACCCCAUCCUCCGCGGCGAAGAGAAGCGCCCCAACCUGACCAUUCUGACCAACGCGUGGGUGUCGCGCGUCAAUGUCGAAGGCGACACCGUGACCGGUGUGAACGUGACCCUGCAGUCGGGUGUCAAGCACACCCUGCGCGCGAAGAAGGAGACGAUCAUCUGUGCGGGUGCCGUCGACACCCCCCGGCUGAUGCUGCUGUCCGGUCUGGGACCCCAGGAGCAGCUGAAGUCGCUGGGCAUCCCGGUGGUCAAGGACAUCCCGGGUAUGGGUGAGAACCUGCUGGACCACCCCGAGAGUAUCAUCAUCUGGGAGCUCAACCGCCCCGUGCCCCCGAACCAGACCACCAUGGACUCGGACGCCGGUAUCUUCCUACGCCGCGAGCUGCCCAACGCGGCCGGCUCGGACGGUCGUGCCGCCGAUAUCAUGAUGCACUGCUACCAGAUCCCCUUCUGCCUCAACACGACCCGGCUCGGCUACGACGAGCCGAUCGACGCCUUCUGCAUGACCCCCAACAUCCCCCGGCCCCGCUCGCGCGGCCGCAUCUACCUGACGUCGGCCGACCCGACUGUGAAGCCGGCGCUGGACUUCCGCUACUUCACCGACCCGGAGGGCUACGACGCCGCUACCAUCGUGGCGGGCCUCAAGGCGGCCCGUGAGAUCGCCAAACAGGCGCCCUUCAAGGACUGGAUCAAGCGCGAGGUGGCGCCGGGCCCGAAGGUGCAGACGGACGAGGAGCUGUCCGAGUACGGGCGUCGCGUGGCGCACACGGUGUACCACCCAGCGGGUACGACCAAGAUGGGCGAUGUGACGCGGGACCCGAUGGCGGUCGUGGACCCGCAGCUGAAGGUGCGCGGACUGAAGAACGUCCGCAUUGCCGAUGCCGGUGUCUUCCCGGAGAUGCCUAGCAUCAACCCCAUGCUGACGGUGCUGGCCAUCGGCGAGCGCGCGGCGGAGCUGAUUGCCGAGGAGGCCGGCUGGAAGCGCGAGCAGCCUCGUCUGUAG